AUGUUUAUUAUCACCUAUGUCUUACUAUCAAAACCCUGCAUUACUAAAUCAGCUGUAUUAUGUUUAUAUGAAUGUAUCCAAAAUCAAAUCUCUCUAUCAUCUUUCCAUAUCAUUGAAUCAUUUCCCUUCUCUGUUUCUCAGCUGUGCUUGUGUGAUUUGAAUGACCAGGAACGCAGUGUAGCUCAUGGAGAGCUGGUUGGGGUACAACUUUUAAUGGAGGAUAUCCUACAAGAGAAACAUCAUUUUAUUUCUUUUAACAUCAAGGGUGAUGAAGAAGCCAAACAGAUGUAUCCUGUGGGUGAUGACUAUCAGGAGCCACUCAGAAGAGGAUCAGUACAGCCUCCAUUUGUACUUCAUAAUCCUAUUGCAAUAUUUAAGCUACUCAGAUCCUUUCUGAUUUUGUGGAAGCAGUUAGAAGUGUUUAAGGAGCAGUGGGGCAAAUUAAAACUAAGAGCAGAAAACAUUAACACGACACAGCUGUACAAGCAAUUUUGUGAACAAUACAGAGAUGACAUUUUUUAUCCAACCAUGAAAGCUAUUGCCAGGCAAAUGGGUCAGGAGGAAGAAUAUGAAGGACUGACUAUGAGAUCUCAAGUUGUACUUCCUCCUAAAGGAGCCUCUGAGGUGGAAAUCCGGGUUCGUCAGCUUGAGAAACUCUUGGAAAGCUUUGAGGGUCAUAUGAUUUAUGAAGUACAGAAAAAAGUAGCCAGGGAGUUGACUUUGGUAAUAUCUGAAAGAGCAAGAGAGGAAAGGGGACUUCCAACAGAGCUUUGGAAACAGCCUGUAAUGAAAGAGAGCUAUUCACCUGUAAGGCCACAGAUAGUUGAAAAAUUUGUUCAAAGUUUAAUGAGUGAAAAUAUGGAGAGUGCGUCAGAGAUGACAUUCAGCAAAGAGCAUUUAAAAGCGUGUCUUACAUCAUUGGCUUGUGAUGUCAUGGAGAGAGAGCGCAGUAACUUUGAGAGCUUCUCUAUGUUUUAUGAAAAUCUUCUUCGACAAGAGCAUCAGUUGCUGUAUCAAAAGGAACAAGUAAUGCUUGCUAUAGAGGCCGAUCAGAGGCAAUCUGAAUCCAGUUUUAGCAAGACAGCUGAAACUAGCCAUGAACUAAUUGUGGAAAUAACUGCUUUAAGAGCCAAGCUCUCAGCUUUAGAAGAAGAAAAUCUGCUCACUAAGGAGUUAAUGAAGAAAGAGGUGCAAAGUGAAUACGAAGCUUUAGUGAGGAGUCUGUUUGCCACGUGUCUCGAUCUUAAGUCUAAAUUAGAUGAAUAUCGCGUUCAUAUGAAGAAACAAGUUUGUGAGCUGAUCACUGAAGUCAGAAAGGAAGGAGUGGAAAGCAUGAUCCUUCUAAAGAGGAAAAAUGGCUCUUUGAAGGAUAAUAUUGCACUGGAAAACAAUUUAACUAUGCAAAACAAGCUUCAGACACUAAGAGAUGAAAACAGCCACCUACAAGCAUUAGUGUGUAAGCUAAAAGCAUUGAAUACCUGGAAAAGCACAUCUAAAGAGGGACAGCUCCGUCAGAUGCUCAGAAAUGCUGAAAAGGAAGCAGUCAAGAACAAAAAGGAAGGCUUGAAACUAAAGAUGAUUGUGGACAAAGAGGUUUCCCUGUUACGUCAGCAGCUGAGUGUUGCAAGGACAGCCCUGGCAAGGACACAAGCCGAGAACGUCAAGGUUCAACAACAGCUGGAUAAACAGAAACAGUUAAUGAAUGAAUCUGAGCACAAAUACUCUCAGGAGAUUCGGAGCAGAGAGCAGCUUGACAGGAUAAAGUCUGCCAGCAUGGACAGAUUGUUGGAAAACAUGGAGGAGAAAGAGCACAGGCUUCGGUCUCUGGCCGAGGAAGCAGAGAGAUCCUCAAAAAUGGGACACAUGCAGCAAUCUAAAAUAAAAAAAGAAGUGAAGCAGAUAAAAUGUCAGCUGAUGCAGGAGCGCAGUUUGAAACUGGAUGCCUUUCAGCGAGUAGAUGAACUACAGACUCAGGUGUAUGAUUUGGAAACACCAUCAUUAGGCAACUCGCCCACAGUUCUGAGAAAGAAAUCAGCCUCGUUAUUAUCCCGGUGUGCAAGAAGUGCUACAACAGUAUCUUCAUCUUGGACUACAGCCCCGGUUAAUAUGGACCCAGAAGCCUUUGGGGAAUACCUGCAAUAUUAUUCACCUGCAGAAAUCAAAGAAAGUGACCAAGUGGAAAGAAGGAUACAGAGGCCAAAAACUGUACCGAGCAGAUGUAGACACAAAAUGACAGCAGAACUGACACCCAGCACAUCGCAAACAAUCCUCACACAGCUGCAGGAGCUACGGCUAAAGACAAAGUGAUUACACCUGUGUUCUACGCAUGUAUCUGGAUCAGUUAGAUUACAGCAUGGCAUUCUGAGAUUACCCUAUACCAUGUGUAUAUGUGUGAUAAGCACAUUUAAUAAAAAAAGAAAAUAUUAACACUCU